AUGCAGCAGGCUCUAGAAAGAGCUUUGGAUCGUGCGGAGUAUGUCAUUGCAAGUGCCCAACAGAGACCUCCGGAAAGGAAAUACCCAUCUAAUGGGGAGAAGUCUCUCUAUGAAAAACUUUAUGACAUUUAUGUUGAAGAAUGUGAAAAGGAGCCUGAGGUUACGGAGGAAUUAAGAAGCAAUGUGAACCUGUUAGAGAAGCUUCUUAGGAGAGAGUCGUUGCCGUGUUUGGUGGUCAACCUGUACCCAGGAAAAGAGGGCUAUUCGCUGAUGCUCAAGGGGGAACAUGGAUCGUCUGCAGAGACCAUUCGACUGCCCUAUGAAGAAGGGCAAUUGCUCGAAUACUUGGAUGCAGAAGAAUUACCUCCUGUUUUGGUGGAUUUCCUGGAAAAGUCUCAGGUUAACGUUUUUCGUCGUGGGUGUGUCAUAGCAGAAAUACGGGACUACAGGCAGUCCAGCGGCCGGGAACCUCCCCAUUACCAAAGCAGGCAUAUUCUCCUACGUCCCACGAUGCAGACUUUAGCCUGCGAUGUAGAGGCCAUAGCCAGCGAUAAUCAGAAUUGGACCCAGGAGGACAAACUUUUGCUUGAGAGCCAACUGAUCUUAGCUACAGCUGAACCACUGUGUCUAGACCCUUCUAUAUCAGUGGUCUGCACUGAAAACAGACUGCUCUAUAACAAACAAAAGCUGAACACUCUUCCCAUGAAAAGGAACUUCAAGAGGCAUUCUAUGGCCUCUCUGAAUCGGCAGCAGGAGCUGUCUCGUCCACCUCCUCCUGAGCUAAGAGCCCUGACUUCCUGCAAAAGAAUAAGAGAAAGUAAAACAGGUGGGAAUCCCGGCCUCAAAACUUUUAAAGCAGGAAGUUGUGUAGAUACGUGGAAACAGAGACCCUGUGACUUGGCCGUACCUUCUCAAGUGGACGUGGAGAAAUAUGCUAAAGGGAAAAAGUCUGUCGGAUACGAUGAUUCACAACCAACAGUCUGGCCCGUGCAUGAGGUACAAGGUGGUCUUGCAUUUGGAUGUGAGGCUGGCUACCAGUCCCAGGCAACAAGGCUGACCGUCAGGCAGCUGACUGAUAAUUCACUUGCCUCUGGAAAAGGGUCCGGUAAAGAAGCCACGUGGGAGAGACAGCUGUCUCCCCCCCGCCCCUCCGCAGAUGGCCAUCCCUGCAGUUUCCUGCCCAGGCCAAAGACUGAUGCUGGGAGAGUGGUCAGUCGGCCCGAGGAGUCGGUCCAGAAGAGCACCCAGUGUCCAGUGCAGAUGUCACACAGCUCCAGUGGCUCCGCCGGUCUCGGGCAACCUUCUCCAGGGAAAGAACCAGAACAGCCUAAGACUGGGUGGGUUCAGUCUUCAGUGCCCGGCAGAGGAGCCAAACAUCCAGCUCCACCCAUGAGACUUCCUGGGCGCUCGCGAAGGAGCUCCUGGGGUGACAGCCUCACUUCACAGCAGGCAGGGAGCUCUCAGCCAUGUCCAUCUCCUGGCCCUGCUCCUAAGCCACCAGGUCUUUCCCAGAAAUCCUCUGUGGAGCUGAGCCCGUUUAGCACGCUUCCUGCCACCGCCCUGUCCACUGCGGGCUCAUCACGGACGACCCCGGAUGCCCGGGUCACGGUCAUGUCCGUUGGCGUGGAG